GUGUCGAACGAAGCGAAGGCCAAAACCGCGUCUCGAUUUUUGUAAUAUUGGUGGAAAAUGCCCGUUUAAAAUGAUGAAAUUCAGAUCAGCAAAAGGCUGAAGGAAAUUUACUUUAAGGAAUCUGCUCUCGACUCUCGUCUGUGAACAUCUUUCAAGCAAGUCUGAUCUGUGAGCGGAGAAAUGAAGCAUUUCACAGCAGCUACUAUAUUCAAACAUUCAUGGGACCAAGUCUCCUCUGCUUUCUGGCAGAAAUAUCCAGGACCAUACAGUAAACAUGUGCUCUCUGAAGAUGUAGUAUCUCGCUACAUUAGCCCAGACUGUAAGCUGCACAGCACUCGUUUACUCACCAAGACCAACCGAAUGCCUAAGUGGGGCGGCUUUCUCUUUGGAGGAAACUCAAGAUUUGUUUCUAUCGUUGAGGAGAGCGUUGUGGAUCCCGAGAAGAAGACAAUGACCACAUACACAAGGAAUAUAGGCUACCAGAAUUUCAUGGUCCUUGAGGAGAAGUGUGUAUUCUCGCAAUCAGAAGAGAACAAAGAUUGGACACAGCUAGAGAGACAUGUGUGGGUCAACUCCAGUCUCUACGGCUUCUCCAGAGCCCUGAUGGCUUUCGGUGUAGAGCGCUAUAAAGCCAACCUGACCAAGUCUAACAAGGGCAUCCAGUACAUCGUAGACAAGCUGUUUGUGCCUGAGAAAGUACCUGAUACUCUACCUCAUGAGGUUUCCAAACUCAGAGACAAUGCCAAAGCUAAAGCUCAGAACAUGGCUGCCAGAGCUGGAGGAAUGGUCCAGUAGUCGUGUCUUAGCCUUAAAGAACUUGGUCCAGCAGUCGUGUCUUAGCCUGAAAGAACUUGGGAAUUUGGGACCCUGUAUCAUGAAAAUCAUCUUGAAAAGAAAAGAAAAAAAGAACUCUAUCUCAAUUUCAUCAGGAUGGUUUGAGAAUACAAAAUGAGAUCUAUGAUACAUCUAAAUAUUGCACCCCUGCUGCGCAGGUAAAGUAUUUUUGGAUGCAUCGUAGAACUCACUUUUAAGGGAUCUCCAUACAUGCUACAGUUGAUUGUAUCUUUCUGUCACAAAUACUUGAUCGUAAGUUGUUAAUUGCAAAGAUACGACUGAUUGAAGGAGAUGCCGUUUAGGGUUGACACAAUCGAUGGCAAUCCUUUAUGUUACAGGGCAAUGAUGAGAUAUCUACCUGUGACAAUGAUGACUAUGGUCCUUUCAUUGAUAUGCAUGUACAUCUGCACAAGUCAAUGCAAUCAGAUGAUUAUGUAUGAUAUGUAUGGUAAAGACAAGACUGCUUUCUUGUAAAGCUCACCACAUAUUGCACGAUCUGACUGCAAUCCGUUAUUGGGUGCAAUUGCAAUAUCUCUAGAAAUGACAACUUACGCAUGUAAAAACCUUUCUAAUUGAGGUUCAUAAUUAAGAUUCCAGUAAUGCCAUUUCUAUAAAUUUCAUAUUGCAGAUGGAUUGUAUAGUGUGUGGUGGGCAUACAUAGAUGUCAUUGAGUAAACAUUCCACAAUCGCUACAAAAACGAUGAUCAUGGAUGAUAGCGGGUUGUGUCUCAACAUAGUUUAUAACAUUUGUUUCAUUAAACUGCAAUAUGACAAUUGGAAAUCAUUACAUGUUUGAGGGCUUUAUGAACAAAGUGAAUAUAUAUUGCAGCUUUUUAGUGAUGCCUGAUCCACCAGUGGUGAUGCGAGAUGUUACAUGUACAUGUAUGCUGGGCUGCACAGUGACGUUUCCCUGCAGUUGUACUUGAACCUGGGGUUCAGUGCUUAGUAUAUAUGGGUACUAUGUACACAGUACCACCCACUAGUUUGAGCCAUUAAAUCAUAAAACGUGUUGGCAUCUAUCCAAAAAGCUCAUCUUAAGAGGUGAAAUAUAUUUAAUUUUGACCGAAUACUCUGGUUUAUGAACUUACUUUAAUCUUGCCUGGUAAAAUUAGAUAUAGUAAAAAGAAAUUUGUUCAAAAAUGUUGAAAACUUGUGGUAGAAAUCACUAAAAACCAUUCUUGAUACAUGUUGUUGUGCGCAUGGUGCCUAAAACAGUUUUCAAGGUAAUCAACUUUGCUUUGUUGAGGAAUGAAACAUUUUUUAGAAUCAUUUUUAAAGACGACUUGAAAAGGAAAAGUUGUAAACCCUGUGUAAAGAUCACUGGGGUGAUCAUGCAUGUUUGACCUUGCAUCGACAUUCCAGUGGGAAAUUUAUUCUUAUACAUACAUACAUACAUAUACACUCAGGUUUAUAUCUAGUUAGCUGAUUUUAAUUCUAAUCCAGUGGUUAUUAAAUGCACGUGCAGGAAACUGUUAGACUGUCUUGAUAUUUAUCUAUUCUUUAUUUUUUAUUUUGUCAUUUGUACCCAUGUAUCUCUUCUUUUCCAUGGGCAGCAAAUCAAGAUAUUGUUCUUGUAUAUGUUCAAAUGAAAACUAGCCAUUUGUUUCGUUCGUUUUGAAGUAGAAAAAGACACCUACAUGUACACCAAAUUUCACAUAGAAAAUAUUUAUAGCCAAAUUUAACAAAGCAACAAGAUUGUUUUAAGCUCCAUAGUUGACUCUUGAAAGUAUUUUAGAACAAUUGCUCACAAUCCUUUGAAGCAGGCAUGAGGUUAAACAUGGUUGCAGAUAUUCUUUAAAGUUGACAAUGUGCUGUUUUAAAAGCAGACUUCUGAUGUAACACCAGUUAAGAUGAUGCAAACUAAAUGAAAGUAAUUCACACAUUGCUCUUCUUGGAAAUACAUUAAAGUAAGUUUUUUCGCCAUGUAAUAUAUUUAGCACGCACUAUGUCAUUGGUAACUGUAGAUAAGAUGAGUUGCUUGAUUUGCUAAAUAUUUUUUAUACUGGUAUAGACAGAUAACUUUAGUACUAAACUUUAGGUAAGGUACAAUUAUUGAGACUCCAAAUCUAUAAAAAUGAAUAAUUUUUACUUGUUCUUUUAUUUGUUUGCGAAAUCUAUUUACCAAUUGCCAAGUCCAUGUGGAGUUAUCCAGUAUCCACAUAUUCUGAUAUCGCGGCAUGCUACAUGCAGAAAUUCCAAUCCAAAGUAAUAAAGAAUUUAUCCACAACUUUAUUUGUAGAUAAUAGAGAUAUUUAAAGAAUUUUUAUUUGAAACUGAAUAACAAAGUCCAUGUAUACCUAAUUGUUUGAUGUGGUAAUUCUUUUACUGAUCUGUUUUAGAGUGUGAGCAUUUCACUGCUAGAGGUGAUCAUUACUGUAUCAUUAUGUACUGGCAAGUCUAUUAUAUGACAACGCAAUUAUUAUUCAUAUGAGUUUAUGGCAUCGAAACCUGUUUUAUUACUUUGGAUCUAUCGUUGAGUGGAAUUAUCCAAGAGGGUAUUUUGUCAUGUUUUAAGUUUUUAUAAUGAAAAGGGAAAGAGUAGGUUUUGAUGUGGGUUUUUCUUUUAACAUGAUGUGUUCAGUUAAAGGA